UAGAGGAUGACAAUGUGUCACAAGGUUAUGAUGAGGUUGAUGGUGGACUGUCAUCAAGCACACCCAUCAGACAACAGAAGCCGGCAGCACUGCCCGCAUUACCUGCUUUGCCUGAAAAGACUUCUGCUGCAUGGCGAUACUGUGAGACUGGCCCUACGCCGGAAGAAAAUGCAAUCGCUCCGUAUGCUGCAUUUGCUUCUGAGGGUAUGAUGAGACAUUCCUUCCCACCGGGCAAGGUAGAAAGCAAGAGUACAUCAGUCAAUAUGAAGCUUCACUGUGUGUCCAGUGCUGAGGUGUUGACAAAGAUUGAUGAUGUAGAUCAGUCUACAACAAGCAAGGAUGCGUUCCCGGAUGCCGACGAGGAACCGCUAUACAACGACCCCACUAAACGUACCAGCUUCCAGGCAUUCCCUGGAGGGGCACCGAACAAUGGUGCUGCACUUGCUGUAUCCAAUGUCAUGUAUGAAGUGCAAUCAGCCAAUUCACCAUCUGCAGCAGCAGCACGCUCACCAGCAGCUCGUUCACCAGCGCCUUUACCAGCAUACUCCCCAGUACCUGCGUAUUCACCAGCACCUCCUGCAGUGUAUGCACAGCCGGAUGAGUUCACUGGGAAGCAUUCAGACAAGUCCUCAACACUGGCAUCCUAUUCACACUUGAGUUUCAAUCCCAAGGAGCCAGACCCAGCACUGCAAGCCAAGCUCUAUGAAGAGCCACCGGACACUGAACCAGCAAUCUAUGAUAGACUGGCCAAGCAGCAGUGUCGCCAAAUUCCAGCGGAUGACAUUCGCCUCUUGGAUCAGCUGCGCUACAGUCACUUUGGAAACAUACAUCGAGCGGAGUGGAAACAGGGCGAUACAAGCAGACAAGUUGUAGCCAAGACUGUCAGCAGUGGUUCGUCGCAGGAGCUCAAGACAAAGCUACUGCAGGAAGGUGUCAUCAUGGGGCAGUUCCACCAUGAGAACAUAAUACGGCUACAAGGACUUGUACUCCAAGGUCCCUCUAUGAUGCUGAUAUGGGAGUUCAUGGACAAAGGAGUGCUGAAUACUGUGUUAGCCACAAUGAUGCCAAAUGCCAGUGAGAAGCCACGACGUCAUGUCAAGACCAUGCUGCUGAACAUGACACGUAACAUUGCAUCCGCUAUGGAGUACCUAGCUGGUAAAGGAUUUGUACACAGGGACUUGGCUGCACGUAACAUUCUGGUGAACUCUAAGAAUGUUUGCAAGAUUGGUAACUUCAACAUGUCACGUGACCUGGCUGAUCGGGACUAUUACCUGUCAUCAAGUAUUGGUCUGACGCCACAGUCUACGUCAAAGUGGAUGGCACCAGAGACGUUCAUAUCGCAUCUGUUCUCAUCGGCAUCGGAUGUGUGGAGUUUCGGCGUAGUGCUCUAUGAGAUGUGGACAUUCGGACGGAGCCCAUACGGUGCAUGGAGUGACCAAAAGGUUCUUGAGAAGAUCACCGAGGGAUAUCGCUUACCAAGACCAUCUUACUGUCCCCCAAGCCUGGGAAGUAUCAUGGUGGCCUGCUGGAACGAGGAUAGAACCCGACGACCAACAUUCUCAGAGAUUGUCACCACACUGUCCGUGAAGGAUGUGUGUCUUCUGUAGCUGCAAAAAUGAUGAUAAGAUGAUGCCGUCAUGCCAUCAUCAGCUUUGGUAUGACUAAUGGAUGGAUGGCGCCAUUGUGGUGGAUGAUGCUAUUGAAGAGCUACCGAAUGUGUCCUACUGUGAUGGUCUUUAGCAAGCGUCACUGCGUACUGGUUUGCGAUACUGUGCUGGGCAGCUAUGAUCCGUGGAGGAAACAUCACACCGAGCAUAGCACCAACAUGCCGAUGACAGCUGUGGAUGUUACAUUAGGUUAUUGUCCCCACCCCGAACAUGCACAUCGUGACUGCCUGGUCACACCCUUGAUUUGAACAGCCUCGAAGGGAUGCUUUGAUACUACCUACUGUUCUAAAAAGUAAAAACAUUAUCUCGCCUCAUCUCAGUAGUCAGUAUAACAUGGAUAAUUAAUCGGAUAUGCCCCAGCCUGUAAAGAGCAAUACUCUUUUCUGUCUCCCAGUACACAUUAUACAUGACUUGCAUGAGCAGUGCAUUCAGUUACUGACUGCCAUUUAAAACUCGUAGCUGAUUCUAGAAAAGAAAUGUCUUGACAUGUACAUACAUGCACGGUACAGUGUACUUCAAACUGAGGAUAUUAUAGUUUUUUUAUCAACCCUUUGAUACUAACUGUUGCGCUGCAUUGCCAGCCUGGUGAAUGAGAUGAAUAUUCCACUUGACCCGGGUGGCUUGUGCUUUUAUUUCUUUACUAAGUCCUGUAGUACUAAGGCCAAGAUAAUGUCCCCGGAUGUCUCUAAAGAAAAAUAAUUGUUUUCCCCCGAAUCCCUCAAACUUAUGAACACAAUCUGCCUCGACAUAUUGAAAAACCUUUCUUUUAAAAAACAACCAACCCACUGAUGAUUUGCAAAUAUCACAAAAACCACUGCAUAGACCCUUGCAAGUACUAACAGUAUUUUCUCCUAGUCUUAUACCACUUGGCCCUCGAUGUUUCUCUUGACCCGCCCUAAUUUGCUUUUCAUAAACUUAACACGGAAAUGCGUGGGUCAAUAUUUCCUCUAUUUCAUAACCAUUCAGUGGAGCUAAAAGUUGUCACAUUAUCUGUGUUUCGGCUCAUCACAAUAAAAUAAUAGUAAACCAAUUAAUCACCUGCAGCCUGGCUUGAGGCUGGCAUUGGACUCGGAGAUCCUACGAAAAUGAAUUGACGGCAACCGUGACUGACAAACUCUCAGUCACACUGCCAUGAAAUGUAUCAGGAAAGGAGAAACAGGACUAACUUGAUUCCCGACAUAGGGAUUGACAUCGGCCUGACUGUUGGUCGGUAUUCCCGUGAAAGAAAGUUUCGCUACCAAUUCCUUCGUUGAAUUAUUCACUCUUUCAGUAUCUAUAAGUACAUGUAUCUUGAUGAGAGGACAAAAUAA